ACAGAAUACAUAUUUAUCCAUACAUUUUAUCAGUAUAGCUAGUUGAGGCCAGGUGUCUGAAGUGUUUGUACAUUGAAGAUGAAGUACGCCGUCGCCCUUUUGAUAGUGACCGUUCUGGCCACAGUGGCCAGCGGGGCGGUUAUCCAAGGCAUCAGAAGAUCUAACCUCAGUCAAGGCUACGUUUACCCAGGGGAUCGGCUGCUGUCAAGACACUAUCUGUCUCAACCAGCGAGACCUAAUACGAUUCAGUAUCAAGACUACACAUACCGCGGGAACUACUCUACACGGAUAUCAGCUGUGACUGCAACAGAAGUGGGAUACACCCAGUACGCGUCCGCUUGGGUGAUCGCUGGAGGGGUGGGUUACAGCAGCGUCACUGUGAGGGUGCAAUCUGCCAAGGGGUAUGGGUACAAUUUCGUUAUUGAUGUUUGGGGUCGAUAAAAUUUUUCUUAAUAAAUUGAAUAUAAACUAUCAAAAGUG